GAAGCUCCAGCAGAGGGCGCCACAGACCCCUCCGGCAACCCGCUCAGCCCCGGACACCGUCAGACAAGCGCCGCUAGACGUUUAGCUACCAACGUUUCUCAAAAUGAAAGCGUUAGAUUCCACUAAAGUGUCUCCUUUGAGCUCGACAAGAGAGGCUUUAGGAGGAGACCGUUUUGUCAGGGUCAGAAAAAGGGACUUGGAGAGACUGUCCACAGAGGUCAUGCAACUCAGAGAGUUUCUGCCAAAGGUUAUUAACAGAGACUUUAUCGACUGCCUGCAUAAAGCACGAUCUUUAGAAACACUGAAGGAGCAGAGCCAGCAAGAGCAGCAGCAGCUAAAGCAGGAGUGCCUACACCUUCGCUCACGCCUGGAAGCCCUGCAGGCAGAGUGUCAGAGAGAGAGGGAGGAGAAGAUGGUCCUGAGGGAGCAGUUGUGGGAGAGCAGGGAGCAGCUGCAGCAGCAGGCUGAGUUCUGUACGGGUCUUGGCGCUGCCUCCUGCACUCUACUCUGGAGUGCCUCCCGCAGGGAAGAGGCUGUCAGGGACAUAUUGGCUGAUGGAAAGCUGGAGCCGUUCCUGAAAGUAGCAGGUCAAACUCUUGAAAGUUUUGUCAAAUCUCUGGAUGAAGAGGAAAAGCCUCAGCAGAACUACAGUUCCCAUGAGCAUCAGUUUGUGCUAGCACUGGCAGGCAUCAUUACCAAUUUAGCAGCUGUGACGAGUGGGAGGGACUUCAUAUCCAGCUCCGCCCACAUCCUGUUGGACACUCUAAUGCAGCUGCUUGGGCUCAUGAAGCCAGGAGUGUUUCCAAAAUUGAAAGUGUUGAUGCUGAUGGCUUUAUAUAAUGUCAGCAUCAGUGUGAAUGGGCUAACAUACAUCAGCGAAAGUCCAGCACUCCUCCCCCUUAUCUGCACCCUGCUUAAAGACCGGGACUCAGAAGUGUGUCUGCAGGCUCUGCGGCUGCUCCAGUCUCUGCUAGUUGAGGGCAAGGCUUUGGAGCAGCUCACCCCGGACCUGCUGAGCUCUCUGCCAAUAGGACACAUUCGUCAGCUGGCCUCCAGUCGCCAUGCCACCCUCAGACAGACGGCCCAAGAGGCCCUGGAGGACCUAGAGCGGCUCACUAACAGCCAGAACGCAGCCUGUGAGAAAGAACAGUGAGGCCUUGGACAUCUCUAGACCAUGACAUCAUUAAUAAUACCCUUGCAAUUAUAUUAACAGCCAGUGUAGUGUGCACUGCUGACCCAGUCCAAACAGAACAGUGUUCUAGGUUCAGACAAGUUCUUCAAUGGGGCUCUCUUCAGUAGCUCUAAUUCUGUUCCUCAGUGGUAAGUGUAAUCAAUUAAAAGGGGUCAGAGGUCACAGAGCCAAUUGAAAAAUGUCCCAUUGACCUCCGGGGUGGUCCAGUAGGUAAUAAUAUUGGUUUAAGUAACCAAUGUUGUCUUUUGGUUUGCACUGAAUAGGGAUAGUGUUUCCACAGUUUGAAAAUGAUCAGUUGUUCUUAAUAUAUUAAAGAAAAAUUGCACAGUUUUUCAACAUAAUCUCUAUCUGUGGUAUCUGUAGCAUAUCGCUGUUGUCGGAAGAAAACCUUGUGUCUCCAAAAUGGUAACUUUACAGGAGAAGGAAAAACCUACUUUAC